AUGCGGUUCGGAACUUUCCGCUCCGCGUACAGGGUGGCGACCCGCCACUUCGGGUCGGAUGUCGCUUACCGGCGCUACUACCAGGCGCCUCGCACGGUGGCGGCCAUGAUGCCUUACCUCUGCACCAGAACGAACCCCGUGACUCUGCGGCUCGAGGACCAAGCUGCGGACGGCUCCUCCAACGUGAAGCAGCUGUUCUCCACGAGCUUGAGCGGCUCGGCGCUGCUGUCUCCCGCCAGCGAAUUGUCGUCUCUCGAGCGAUCUGCGACGUCCGAGUGGCUCCUCGCGCUUAGGGAUGAAUAUCAAUGCAUGAUGAAAUUAAUGCAACAUAUCAAGUUCGCAUGCGGCUGUUCCUCUGGCUCUCAUCGGCGGCUUCUGCGAGGAAACGAUCUGUAA